AGCGACGCUGGCGCUGUCGCUGUUUCUGAAAGCCGACACGGCAAUUGUACCACCACCUUGGGCUGAUCCCACGAGUAAUCCUUGCGCUGCUCAACCACGCGGAUGGCAAUUGCUUUAUUGGCCGGCCGAUGGCAAGUGCUACAAAAUUUUUCAGAUCGGAGCACCGUGCCCUGAAACAAUGGAGCUAAGUCCAUCGGCAGUGGGCACGGAGACGAAAGCCGAGUGUCGCUGCCCACCAGGCACAGCGCAAUCGCCUCGAGACGCGCUCUGUCACCCGAUAUUUACCAGAGCGUCGUGCCCGAAGGGCCAGUACUUCGCGCCAGUGCCGGAAUCGGCCGGCAAGCCCAGCAGCCCGAACAAGCGCUGGGGCGUGUGCCGCGAGCCCGAGCAGUGUCUCGCGAGCGACCAAGUGUUUUGGCCGAAGGACGCUCAAUGUUACGCCAAGUACAGUCGAGGACCUUGCCAGAAGGGCGAACUUUUGAUUUUGGACAAAGACGGAUUGGCUACGUGCAGCUGCUCGAAAGACGGCGAGCUCGGCAAGUUUUAUUCGCCGUUCGCCGGUGGCUGUUACGAGCAUUACACGAGAGGGCCGUGCCAGCAGCCUGGCGAAUUGUUUUUACCCGGAGCUAGGUGCGGCUGCUCUCCCGAUCUACCUCAGUUCCACGUGCCUACGAAGAUGUGCUACGCGCUGGGUGGAGUGGGCCCGUGCACCGUGGGUCAGCACUAUGUGCUACCAUCCGCGGCAAAUGCCAGCCAAGCUAUUUGUGCCUGCAAACCGAGCUACGUGCCUCACGCCAGCGGCCACUGUUACCGUAUCCAUACCCAAGGACCCUGCCCUUCUGGAGAGAUGCUCGUCAACUCGACCACCUGUGUGCCGGUGCCUUGCAAACGCGGUCGCUUGUACUUCCCCCGCGAAAGAACAUGUUACAGGAUUGGCUCUCGCGGUCCUUGCCCGAAUGGCCAAGUAGUCCUUUACGACUACAGCGCCAGACCAUCCCUCGACGGUAUCAGUUACAAUGGUGUCUGCGGCUGUAAGAGCUCGAUUAAAUGCUCCUCUGAGGUGACCGAUAAUAAAUGCGAAGACACUCCGGGCAUGGUCCUCGUUAACAAAGCGUGUUACAAGUUGUACACUCGAGGACCAUGUGCCAAUGGCGAGUGGUUGGUCGCACAAAGGCAACCUAAGGAUGAAAUAGUCUGGAGGCAAAGACACAUUCUACCCAAGGCGAGGUGCGAGUGUAGACCUGGUUACACGAGAACCAGCGAAGUAGAGAGCAACAGUCUGCUCGUACCGCACAAGUGCCAACCUCCCACGGUGGGACUCGCCAAGUUCCUCAACGAGAAUGUUAAACUGAUUAAUCUCCGAUGAGGACUGUCUGUAUGGGAAGUCAAUACUGUGAUGAUGAACACUUUGUACAUAUAUUAUACACGGUUCUCAAUCCGCGAAGGCAUCGCUGUGCCAAAUAACCAAAAUACUCGUUGGUGCCUCGCGUGCGCGUUGACGGAUUCUUAAGGUUCAGUGUCUUUUACUAUUUUUUUUAAUUUAUUGUAAAUACCGUUUGUAUCUUUUCUUUCUUAACGAAGACUGCUACCUAUUCCUUCUUUCGAUAAGUGAAAUCUUGAACUUGUAAAAAGUAUAUUUGAAUAAA